UGCUUGCGCUUGUUCCUUCUCUCUCUCUCUCUCUCUCUCUCUCUCUCUCUCUCUCAGCUUCCUUCUUCUCUACUUUGAGAUACUUUGAUUCAAAUAUCUCAACUCCAUCAUCUUCCUUACUUCGAUGUCCAAGUCUAAUCCUUAAACCCUUUAUAUCUCUGUCUCUUAUGAUUCGACAACUAUGGGAAUUUGGGUUUGGUGAAAGAUGCUAACUUUGAAACUGAGAUUGACCGUUUGAGAAGACAACAUGCGAAUUCUGUGUGAUGCUUGCGAGAGUGCCGCCGCAAUUGUCUUUUGCGCCGCCGACGAAGCUGCUCUCUGUUGCUCCUGCGACGAAAAAGUUCAUAAGUGCAACAAGCUAGCUAGUCGGCAUUUACGUGUAGGCUUAGCUGAUCCAAGUAACGCUCCAAGCUGUGACAUAUGCGAAAAUGCACCUGCAUUCUUUUACUGUGAGAUAGAUGGUAGUUCCCUUUGUCUACAAUGUGACAUGCUAGUACAUGUUGGUGGGAAGAGAACACACAGGCGGUUUCUAUUGCUGAGACAGAGAAUUGAGUUCCCAGGUGAUAAGCCUAAUCACGCCGACCAAUUGGGAUUACGGUGUCAAAAGGGUUCUUCCGGUGGAGGUCAAGAAGCAAAUGGAAAUGGUGAUCAUGAUCAUAAUAUGAUUGAUCUUAACUCCAACCCUCAAAGAGUACACCAAGAUGAGGGUAUUGAUGUAAAUGGCGCAAACAAUCAUGAGCCUCAAGAGUGAUCAUAGAUACACAAGAUCAAGUAAGAGCCUAUGCACUAACGCAAGAAUACUAUCUUUACAGGGAAAUUUUCUUAUUUUGUUUUGAAGAUAUCAGCUUAAAUGGCUUAGAGGAAACAAAUAAGUUGGUUUCUUGAUUUCUUCUCUUUUUUUUUUUUUUUUGAUGAUCAAUUAGAUAGCAAAGCUUGGAAGUGAUUGUGUAUACGGUCGAUUCUUCAGAUUUAAAUCUCAAAUAAAAACUAUGAAAAAAAUCUGAGCCUUCAGACAAAGCUUUUAUAGAAAGUAGUAAAAUCUUGAUAAUCUCUUCAGCAAGUGUAGCCAUGCCUUCUCGGCUCGGUUUAAGUGACCACUGUGAGCCAUUGCUAUUAAAUUAUCUUCUUCUUUGAUAUUGUUUUCUUCUUCUUCUUCUUCUUCUCUCUGUGCUUAGUUUUGUUAACUCCAAGCUCACUCUGUUUUUGCAUUUUUUGGUCUUAUAAAGAAGAGUGUGUUGAGAGUCAUGUGACCUUGAAAUGUAAUCACCCAUUACUUCAGUCUCAAUAUGCUGUUUCGAUGUUUCACCCUCCAUUUUUUCUUGGAUUCUUGCAUCAUGAACAUAAUUGCUUGGUAUUCUGUAAAGUGGCUAAUGUCGUUUUCUUCUAUUAGAUUAUUUUUCUGCUCAGAGAGCAUAACGUUA